AUGUUUCUUCCUCGACCACUUUCGCGCGUCCGAACGUUACUGCUGGCAUUGAUUCUCGCAUCGAUAUUAACCUGGUCCGCGAGGAAUUGGCGGCAGCAGUUGGUUUCACAAGCGACCGUCUCUACGGAUGGGACGUCGUCACCAUCUAACCCCCAAAAUGCAGUUUGGCAAGAUAUCCAGGGUCACAUUCGUUUCUGGCGCCAUCUCCAGCACCUCCUGGCCGUCAACGAGCCGAAAGGCGAGCCGCCACUGCGAUUAGGCUCGGCGCCGUCCAUCCGAUUCGAAGAGGCCAAUCCGGAUGAUCGUCCGGAGAUGCUGGACAUGUUGCCGGAGGACGUGGAGGCGAUGAAGGAGGCGCAUGGCGUGUUUGUCGAGGAGAUCAAGAAGAAUCCGCCACAGCUGCAUUAUGCGCCCAAUACGAGGGGGCUGGUUUCCACGGCAGGAGGCUCAUAUCUGCCGGUCUUGGUGAUCUCACUAAGAAUGCUGCGGAAGACCGGCUCCGAGCUGCCAGUCGAGGUGUUUCUCGCGGAUGAGGAAGAAUACGAAGACUAUAUCUGCGAUGUGGUCCUGCCGUCUCUUAAUGCGCGCUGUGUGGUCCUCUCUCAUAUCUUGGACGCGGUUCCCAAGAUCAUGGAGAUCCAGAAAUACCAGUUCAAGCUGUUUGCCAUGUUGUUUUCCUCCUUCGAGGAGAUCCUGUUCCUCGAUGCCGACGCGUUCCCGCUGCGGCAACCGGAAUCCUUGUUCACCAGCGAACCAUUCAAAUCCAAGAACAUGGUCACCUGGCCCGAUUUCUGGGCCUCCACCGUGUCGUCAUAUUACUAUGAGAUCGCAUCGCAGCCGAUCCCCGAAAAGGCCAUCCGACAGUCCAGCGAGUCCGGCGAGGUGCUGCUCUCGAAGAAAACCCACCUGAAGUCCCUCCUUCUCAGCACCUAUUACAAUUUCUGGGGCCCCGAUCUCUACUACGCCCUGCUUUCGCAAGGCGCCGCGGGAGAGGGCGACAAGGAGACCUUCGUCGCGGCGGCCCUGGCUCUUGAAGAACCCUACUACCAAGUGUCCGAGCCCAUUUGCGCCAUCGGCCACCGCAUCGAGGGCGGCAUGGCCGGCUCCGCGAUGGUCCAAUUCGACCCGGUCGAGGAUUAUGCGUUAACGCAGAAGGGCGAGUGGCGCGUGCAUGGCUCCAAGGCGCCCGCGCCUCGCGCCUUCUUCAUCCACGCCAACUUCCCCAAAUUCAACCCGGCCACGGUCUUCGAAAACCAGGCCGUCAAUCCGGCCUUCGACGAGAGUGGCAGUUACACGCGCGCGUGGACCAUCCCCGAGAACGUGAUCGAAGAAUUCGGCACGGACGUGGAACGACAGUUCUGGAAGGAGAUUCUUUGGACGGCCUGCGAACUGGAAACCAAGUUCAAGUCGUGGGAUGGUCGCAGUGGUAUCUGCAAAGGGGUCAAGAAGUACUGGAACGCUAUGUUCCUGGAUCCCAAAUCUGAAAACUAA